AUGAUAACAUACGGUAAGUAUAUUUUUCAUAAAAAGUUUUAAUAAAUGCUGUAUUUUGUAUUGCUGUUGACUUUAUACCUCGAUAAAACCCAACGCGCAGUAUAAAGCAUAAAUUAUUAAGUUGUAAAAGAAAAUAAAGAGUGAUUUUUUUCAUUUGCGUUAAUUUAUAAUAGAAAUUUAUAAUAAUGUAAUUCGUUUAAUUCGUAAGCACAUUUUUGAAAAAAAACUUUCUAGUUGAUAAAUUUAAAUUAAAUAUUAUAUGGAUUACUUAACUGAUUUGCAUUAUUCUAUAAACAAAAUCCGUUAAAUUUAUUGAAAAUUUUAAUAAAAAUGGAUCACUUAUUUUUUUGAUUAUAUUAAAUUAAUAUUUGUAAGAUACUGAUUCAAAUUAGAGCUUUAAUUAAUAUUUGUACUAUAAACAUUGAAUAGUAUGUUUUAAGAAACACAACCGUAUCUAAAAGAAAUAGUAACAGUGCAAAUGUGUUUUAGCUGGUCUUUGAAAUACAUUGUCAAUGGAAUAACGUAAAAUCAUAUUUUCUGGACAGCGCUUGUGAAAUGCAAUAUGUCUACCUCUCAGGAAAAGAGUCUCUUAAUUAAUAACAUUUUGAAUUCCUUAUAUAAAAUUGUUGACUAUAUCAAAAUUUCUUUUUAAUUUAGUGAUUUUCGCGAAUUAUUUGAUAUGUAAAAUGAGUUUUUGCGUGAAAAAAACAGGUGGUAGGAUGUGGCAUGAAGCACGGAAACAGGAAAAGAAAAUUCGUGGAAUGUUGGUAGAUUAUCGUCGUAGAGCUGAACGUCGACGAGAUUAUUAUGAAAAAAUUGAUGCCUUGGCAAGGAAAUGAAGACAAUCUUAUUGACCGAUUUGAUGUUCGCGCUCAUCUUGAUUGGAUACCAGAAGCACCAGAUUCUAUUGAUGUAGAUAUUGCUCUCACUAGUGAAGACAGACAUAUCAAUUAUGAACGUUAUCGUAUUAUUGUUCAAAACGAAUUUUUAGGAGUCUUCAAUGUAGUAACGGAAGAAAAAUUUUUACACCAAAUACAUUUGGAAGAACAAUUUGGUUCAUCAACAAAGUUAGAUUCUGCUAGGGAUAAGAAGAAAUCUUGUAAUAAUGUUGCAAUUGGAUAUAAUUAUGAAACAGAAGAACCAAUACCUGAAACAGUAAAAUCAUUGGAUACUGUUAUAUCCGAUGAAAAAGCAGAUGAUGAAGAUAGUGAUAUAGAUCUAGACAUUUGUGUAGAUGUAUCUCAAAUAGAACCAUCACAAGCACAUGAAAUGAAUUUAGUAGCUCAGAAAUAUGGACUUUUAGGUGCUGAUUAUUUCAGUUUUUUGACACAAGAUUUUGAAGAAGCUGAAACAUUAAGACAAGCACGUAAACAAGAAGAAGAGAAAGCUAUGUAUUCGUUAUGCAGCAAGAGAAAGUCCUGAAUAUAAUCCCUAUAGAAAAUCUUCAUCCAAAUCUCGUUCAAGAUCUGUUUCUCCUGUAAACACUGGACAAAUAACUUAUAUUACAAGUUUUGGUGGGGAAGAAGAGACUCAUGGAUGUUCAUCUCAUGUCACUUCUUCCAAUUCAAGAAAAGUCAAUUAUUCUCAUUUUAGACAAGGUCGGACAGCCCAACACUUAAUGAACGAACAAUUAAUAGAAAACUUUCAAAAUCCCGAUCUAGGAGUUGCUCUCGAUCUGUUAAUAAAUCUAAAUCAUACAGAAACCAUGAUAGAAAACGUAGUACAUCCAGGACCAAAUCAAGAAGAACUCGUUCGAGACAUAGAAAAAUCACAAGAUCAAGAACAAGAAGUCAUUCAAGGCGAUCACGAACUCGAAGUGAAUCUAGAUCUCGAUAUAGAAGUUUUACUAGAUCUCGUUCACGUACUAUUUCAAGGUCAAAAACAAGAUCUAGAUCUCGAUCGCGUCCAAAAAGAUCUAAAAGUUCAUCUUCAAGUAGUAUAUCCAGAUCAAAAUCAAGAUCGAGAUCAAGAUCUAAAUCACAUAAUAGAAGUCAUUCGAGAGAUAGUUAUCGUCGAAGACAUUAUUCUCCAUCGAAGUCAGUAUCUAAAUCUCGAUCCAGAACUAAAUCUCAAUCUAGAUCAAGAUCAAGAAGCCAGUCUAGAUGCAAACGAUCUCGUAGUAUCGAAAAUAAAAUAUUAUGGCCGACGUGGAAAAUCAUCAAGUUUGGAAUUAGAAUUAUCAGAUAAUGAAGAAAAAGUUUCUCAGGCAACACCAAAACCAACGGUUACUAAUACCACGAACAUAUAAAGCUGAUAAGAAAGCCGAACAACUUAGAAUCGAGAAGAUGGAACAGCAAAGGCAAGAUAGAGAAGAUGAAAUUCGAGAAAUGUCUUUGAAGUUACGUAGAAAACAAAGGGAACGAAGACAUCGUUAUGAAGGUCAUAGUUCUGAUUCACAUUCCUCCGUAUCACGUACACCAAGCCCUGGUCGUAGUCCACGAAUUGUUCGUCGAGAAAGAAAAGAUAGAGACAUAAGAGAUUUCGAAAACGAUCGUGAGCGAGAAAGAGAUAGAGAACGAGAGAGACGUGACGGUCGAGAAAAAUUUAGAAGUGACUCUCGUAGAAGAUACAGAGAUUCUCCACUUCGUUCUUUAAGUCCAAGAAAUAGCCGAGGCCUAGUUGAUUAUUGACAAGAAACCAUGUGGUUAAUCUUCCAUUUGAUGGACUUAAAAUUUUAUUAGAUACUUCCUGUAUUGCAUUCCUUUCGUAAAAUGCUUCAAAUGCUUUAAGAAAUGCGAUAAAGAAGAAUAUAAAAUGUAUGAUUAUAAUUUACAAAUAUCCUUUAACCAUUAAUUAAGAUUGUUUAAUCUUAUAUUACAAAAAUAAAUGCAGUUGUUUAUUUACAUUUUAUCAUUAUUAUUCGAUAUAAAAUUUAUUUUAUAAUUAUAUAUGAUUAUCUAAUUCUAAAUAAGAUUAAGUAGCAAUUUCAAU